AUGUCAAUGAUAUGGAUGUUUGUGGUCGUCAUCAGUGGUCUAUCAAUGAUAUUGUGUAGUAAACGACAAUAUGUUCACAACAAUCAAGAGAUAGAGUUGACUAAAGUAGUGAUCAUUGAUCCCAAACAUUGCAAUACCCGACACGAUAUGGUUGUCGUUAUUCAUAGUACCAGUCAAUCAACGGGUAAAUACUUUAACUAUAGACAAGAACUGAGAUCGGGUUGGGUCGGUGUCCUGAAAAGCCGUAACAUUGGUGUCUGGUUUGCACUCGCACUCAAUACUGACAACCAAACCGUUAAUGAAGAGCUGAUGAUUGAGUCAAACAAGUAUAACGAUAUCAUUCAGUUUGGUUUUGUCGACCACUACUAUAACCUGACAUUGAAAGCCAUUGCAAUACAACGAUGGCUUCAUAAGUACUGUUCAUCAGUAAAAUAUAUGUUAAAAACAGAUGACGACGUCUUCGUUAAUGUCGACCUACUUGUGAAAGUGUUGGCCGACUUUAAGACCGGUAUUAGUGGUUAUCUAUUAAAAAAUAGUUAUGUUAUCAGAGAUGUUGGACACAAGUGGUAUAUACCGAAAAAGUACUAUUCGCCCGAUAAUUAUCCCGAUUAUACUUUGGGUUCGGCAAUGAUUGCCGACAAUGUGACCAGAGAUCAAUUGCUUCGGGCAGUGGACACGUACACAACAAUUGCCGGCAAUUAUAUACUGGACAUCGACGAUGCUUUACUAACCGGUAUUAUUGCCAACUAUGCUAACAUUACUCGUCACCAUAGUUAUCAUUUUUCAUUUGACUAUUGUCAUUGUCUAACUUGUUUGCAUACCGUUCCCAUACAUUUCGAGUGCCGACAACGAUCAGCCAUAUGGCAUACAUUUUUGGAUGUGUCGCUGAAUACCAGUGCCAACUGUAGUCAUACCUUAUCGCCGAUGAUGAUUGUCGACCACCGAAAUCAAAAAUAA